CACGUCCUGCACAGAGGUCUUGCAUGGCAUACAACCGACCAGACUCUAUACGAUGGAUUUCAACAGUUUGGCAAGAUCGAGGAGGCUGUCGUUGUCAAGGAUCGAGAUACCAACCGAAGUCGCGGAUUCGGGUUUGUGCGGUUUGCAACAAAAGCGGAAGCUGACGAAGCUUUGCAAAGGAUGAACAACACAGAGUUCGACGGCCGCUUGAUUCGAGUGGAUCACGCACAGGACAACAGACCGGGCGGCGGUGGUCGAGGUGGUGGAUUUGGUGGAAGAGGUGGAUACACGAUGCCGGCUGCAACGCAAGGAGGGUAUGCACAACCCGGAACCCAAAUGAGGGACCCGGCCACCAUGGGGUACGGUCGCGGCGUCGCAUAUGCUCCCUCGUGGGGACAAUACAAUGGGCAAUAUCAACAACAAGGGGGACCGUAUGGAGGGAACCAACCUCAGGGCGGGAACGACCCUUACGGACCUCAGGGGCCCUAUCGCCAAUAG